GUGAUGUCCACCACCACGACCACUGUCUUACGCGCUAGCCCGACGCAAGGUUAUUUAAUAAGGGCAUGGACCUCCCUUGCGCCUCAGUUGUCCGUUGUUGAGUCCUUUCAUCCCUCCCCUCGCAGGUUCAUCCCAGCACGGCUCCCCUCCUUUCGCCAUGUUCACCAAACUGCGGGCUCCCUUCCGUCGGUCAACGACGGAUGAGGCCGGCACUGCCCCUACUAUGACUCCCGUCGAAGCGACCACCCAAGAGAAAAACGUUGAGGCUGGCGUGGCCCCGACCACCAACAGCGACUCUGAUGAAGAACACCCUGACUCGACCGAGGACCAAGCCGGAACCCACGGCGUCGAGGCCAUCACCGCGACCUGGACCAAGGCCUCCCUGAUCGCCGUCUUCAUCAACAUCUGGUUCCUCUACUUCGUCAAUGCAUUCCAGGUGGAAAUCCUGUCGACCCUGGUCCCCUAUCUCACCUCCGCCUGGGACUCGCACUCCCUCUUGAACGUCAUCUAUGUCGUGUCCGACGCCUGUACGGCCGCCAUCUUCAUCCCCUUGGCCAAGAUGAUGGACGUCUGGGGCCGUGCGGAAGGCUUCCUGUUCAUGGCCAUCGUGGCCACCAUGGGCCUGAUCAUCAUGGCCGCCUGCAACAACCUGCCCACCUUCUGUGCGGGUUAUGUGUUCUACAACGUCGGCUUCUCCGGCAUCACCUUCUGUGUGGACACCCUCACGGCCGACGCGUCCCAGCUGAAGAACCGAGCUCUGGCGUAUGCCUUCACCUCCUCGCCCUACAUCAUCUCGGCCUUCGCGGGUCCCAAGGCCGGUGAGGAUGCCCUGGGCAUGAGCAUGCGGUGGGCGUUCGGUGCCUUCGCCAUCAUCUUCCCCGUGGUGGCCGCCCCGCUGUACUGCAUUCUGAAGUACAACAUCCGCAAGGCCCAGAAGGAAGGUCGUCUCGUGCGAGAGAAGAGCGGCCGCACGCUCAUGCAGAGCAUCUGGUACUGGGUUAUGGAAUUCGACCUGGUUGGCGUCUUGCUGUUCUCCGCCGGUCUGGUCGUCUUCUUUCUCCCCUAUGACAUCGCGGCCAUGGCGCCCGAUGGCUGGGGCACAGGUUACAUCAUUGCGAUGAUCGUAGUGGGCUUCUCGAUGAUCAUCUUCUUCGCGAUCUGGGAAUACUACUUCGCACAGGCACCGCUGCUCAAGUUCGAGUACCUGACGGACCGGACGGUGAUUGGCGCGUGUCUGCUGGACGCGACAUACCAGAUCUGCUACUACUGCUGGGACGGAUACUUCACCUCGUUCCUGCAGGUGGUCAACGACCUGAGCGUGGCAGAGGCUGGAUACGUGAACAACACGUUCGACGUGGUGUCGGGCGUGCUGCUGCUGUUCAUCGGUUGGCUGAUCAGCCGGACGGGACGCUUCCGGUGGCUGCUGUAUAUCGCCGUGCCCUUGUACAUCUUCGCACAGGGGCUGAUGAUCUACUUCCGCCGUCCCAACCAGUCGGUGGGCUACCUGGUGAUGUGCCAGAUCUUCAUCUCGAUCGGCGGCGCGGUCUUCAUCCUGGUGCAGCAGCUGGCCGUCGAGGCGGCCGUCGACCACCGCCACGUCGCCGCCACGCUGGCGCUGCUGAACGUCGUAGGCACCGUGGCCGACGGCAUCGGCUCGACCAUCUCGGGCGCCAUCUGGACCAACACCUUCCAGCGUGGACUCGAGAAGUACCUGCCCGCCUCGGCGCUGCCGGACAUCGACACCAUCUACGAGGAACUCGACACCCAGCUCAGCUACCCGGUCGGCAGCGCCACGCGUCUGGCCAUCCAACAGGCGUACGGCUACGCGCAGACGCGCAUGCUGGCCGUGGGCACAGGGCUGUUCGCGCUGGCGUUCAUCUGGAUGUUCAUGAUCCGCGACAUCGACCUGCGCAAGAAGAAGCAGGUGCAUGGUACUGUGUGGUAGAUGCCACGACACAAAAAAGUAGACCUCGGAAAAGAGAGAAAGAACAGCUCGCAAGACUGUCGAUCGAAAUUCCCCCCUUUCAGAUACCUGGCCGAUGUGGCCAUCCUCCUGUAUUCGCGAGUCCAUCCUUGUUGCACUCCGUUGUUCUAGUUAUACCUACCUAUUUAUCUAGUUUUUAAUUCCACUGCAUUUCACC